AUGGCAAAGAAGAUGAUGGAAGGUGUGGUGUGUGUGGACUUUGUUGAGCAGCCAUCCAUGCUCAACACCGCCAUCAUGCGAUCCAAGGACGUCAACGUCGUCCAGACCAUCACAGCUUUCUUUGUCGCAACAGCACGCAGCACAGAGACCAGAGGCGACGCCGGACGCAUGCUGAGCAAGCCAUUCCUCAACAUUCCCAGGCUCGGCCCUGCCUUCACGGCCGACGUGACCUUGCUCACCAAGCACUUUCCCUCCAUCGCCUCUGCUUUCCUCGACAGCCUCGGCCUCGUGCGGACGCGUGUGGGCGCUCCGGCAGAGAUCCAGUUGCCGUCAUCACGCAUGAUCGUCAUGGGCGCGAACACCCUCAACAUCAACCGCAACCUAUGGGCCGACAUGCGUGAGUCUGGUGAGCUGGCCAAGCUUGAAGACGCCAACUCAGCGGCUUCCCUGGUGGAGGCGCGGGUGGUGCCGUUGCCGCGUGCUGCUGGGUUUCUGAAUGACGGUUCCAGCCUGCUUGAGACGCUGGUGGACACGGGCGAUGCUGAGCUGUUUGGCAGCUUCAUUGUUCGCGCCGUCAUUCAGUACAAGUGGCAGACGAGCGGGCUGCGCCAGUUCCUGUGGGAGGCAGCGUGGUACAUGCUCUCUGUCGCCCUCAUCACCGCCCUCACCUUUGUUUUCAACACCAGCGGCAAGAACGUGGCCCAGCUGCUGGGUGCAGCCGACAACAGCAGCAACAGCAACAACGGCAGCGAUGUCGUGUCCGUGAUGAUCAUGCUAGUGCUGGGCGUGCUGGCUGGCGUGGACAUGGUGCAGGAGCCGUUCCAGUCGACUGGCCCGCUGGUGCGCAUGAUCCUGGCCAUCUGCUUCGACAUGCGCUACUUCCUGUUGGUGCUUGGUAUCAGCAUCGUGGCCGGGUGGACGUCGUUCCGGCUGUUGCUGCUCAACGACAACACACUGCCGGUGGAAGGGCUGGGCGACCCAGCCAAUGGGCUGCUGCUCAUGUUCAACCUGCUGUUGCUGGCGGACUUUGACCUGGACACCUUUGACGGCGACUACGUGGUGCUGCUGCGCAUCCUGUUUGUCAUCUCCAUGGUGCUGGUCCCCGUCGUGCUGCUGAACCUGUUGAUUGCGCUCAUGUCAGACUCGUACGAGCGCAUCCAGGACCGCGCAGACAUCGAGUUCCAGCUGCUGCGCGCACGCAUCUUGCGGGAGCAGGACGCGUGGCUGACGCUGGAGGGGAAGAUGGAUGCGCGACGCUUCCCCAUGUGGCUGCACGUGCUCGUGCCCAAGGGCAGCGGCGUCGGCCGUGACGGUGGCAGCGUGCAGUGGCAGGGUGUGCUGCACGCCCUCAAGAAGGAGGUGGCAGACAAGGUGGAGGGUGUAGAAAGGAAGAUGGGGGGUGUGGAAGGGAAAGUGGAGGGUAUGGAGACUGGGUUCAGCAAGAGGCUUGACGCAAAAGUUGGAGGUGUAGACGAACGAGUCAAGUCUCUAGAAGAGAAGGUUGAUCGCACGCUCGAGUUGCUGCAACAGCUGUUGGCUUGCGGCAGGGGUGAUGGUGGUGGCGGUCAAGAAGAGCCGGUGCAGGGAAUGGGGUUUACUUGA